CCUCCGCGCCGUGUACAGCUGUAUCGUAUUCCUGGUUGGGUCGGAACAAUCGGAUUCAUUACAUCGAUGACGGCAAAUUUUUGCUCCGCCUGCACUCGCAUUCGACUGACCGCGGACGGGCAUCUGAAAGUGUGUCUGCAUGAUGCGAACGAGGUCAACCUGCUGCGUCCGAUCCGUGAAGCCGGUCUGAACCAGGAACAAUUGAACAGUUUAAUCGAUUUGGCAUCAGUCGAGUAUAAGUUGUUGCCAGCAGAGCUGGAACAAUUGAUUGACCGAAUGGAUCAACUGAUUGAUCAAGCCCUAGCUAGAAAAAAACGAAAACAUUCAGGUAUACAUAUUCCAUAUUCCAUAUACAUACAUAUAUACAUAUUACAUAUUCAGGUACAUAUUAAGAUGACGUGA